AUUCAUCUCCCAGUUAUUUGCGCAAGAAAAGCCAAGAAGGGAUCUGGCAGCCUGGAUAAGCAUCUCAUUCCUUGGUGGCACUCUGUAUGCCUCCGUCUUCGUCGAGUUCUUCUUUCCCUUAAUCACCAAACCGGAAUCAACAAAGGAAGAAAUAACACACGAGGGAUCCAAAACCCUAGAUCACGAUCUCCGCCACGGAAACUUCAACCCAAGGCCUCUACGAUGGACCUAACAGCCCACAUUCUCUGAAAACGCGGUAAAACAGAAGGCCGCGAGCCAAGCCGGGAGAUCUGACCGCUCUUCCAGCCGGAAACUGCGAAUCCGACAAGCCUCAAUCCCCGGAAUCUUCGAAUUCUCACCGAACGAACGACGAGCGGAAGCUUCUUGAAGCGAUGAAACAGGCGUCGGGGCCGACGGGGAGAAACGAGCGGUUUCCCGGCGAGCGCUGAGGGGUUUCCCGGCGGAGGGAGCAGAGAGUAAGAAAGUAACCGCCCUAAAAGAGAAGAUGCCUUCGCCAGCCCUAAAAGUGAUCUAUCACGCUAAAUCGUCUCAUUCUUUUG